AUGCCCCAGAUAAAGAUUGCACAGAGCUCCCCCAGCAAUGACCAGUCGGAGUUUUCUGCUGAGUCAGCCCGUCCCCUGCCCGCUGCACCUAUCGAUAAGAAAUGUGGACAGCUCAUCCUCUCUACCUACAGCACGACCAACUCUCAACCAACUUUCCAUAAGAACAGUUUCUGCAAAAUCGACAAGAUGCAGCUCUUAAUUAUAUUCAUGUCCUUCCUCUCCCUGGCCACCGCACAGUUCGGCUUCUUCGACCAAAUGUUCGGCGGUGACGACGGCCACCAGCACCAGCAUCACCAACACCAGCCGCAAAAUAACCCCAGCGACGCAGGACACUACAAAGCACAAUACGAACAAUCUCACUGCGAUAAAUACCUCUGUCCCGAUACCCUUGCCUGCGUCCACUUCCCGCACCACUGUCCCUGCGCAUGGGAUGCCAACGAGGAGAAAUUCGAGCUGGGCGAGGGGAAGAGGUUGUGUAUUUCGAAGGGUGGGUUUAAGGCUGGUGAGGCGGCGCGAAAGGUUGAGCUUGCGCGGAAGGGGUUGCUGUAG